AUGGCUGGCACGCUACCUCCUCUCUUCCAGAUCACCGACAGCGAUCAUGGUGGAUAUGCUGCAGUUACACUGUAUACACUACUGGCUCUGACAAUCACCGUUGUUGUAGCCCGCCUGUUCGCGCGAUGGUUCAUCGGACGCGUUAUCCAUUCCGAUGAUAUUUUACUAGCAGCGGCUACAAUAUUAGGGAUCCUGCAGAGCAUAUUCGUGCAGCUCGCCAUAUCUAAUGGACUUGGUCGCAAGAUAUCCACCAUUGAGAACCAACAACUUGUGCUGUAUCUGAAGUAUGAGUAUGCAGCACAGAUUCUGUUAAUCGCAACGACAGCUUUGAGCAAGCUCUCGCUGGGGUUGCUGUUCAAGAAUUUGAUGACAUCCCGCCGAUAUUCGCGAACAAACCAGGGUCUAAUGGUGGUCAUCAUUGCAUGGACCAUAGCAUCUAUCCUGGCAUUGGUUCUGCGAUGCACUAUUUCAGCACCGUGGAAGUGGAACGUGCCAGACCAAUGUAUCAAUCAGAUCGCGCUUUUCCAGGUCAUCGCAGCGUUGAACAUAAUAACGGAUAUUGGGAUCGUUGUGCUUCCAUGCAUGUUGCUCCGCACGGUGCAAUUGUCCCGAGGGAAACGGUUCAGAAUCAUGGCACUUCUCGCCAGUAGAAUUUUGGUUUGUGUGGCAACAGGAAUUGAAGUUCAUUAUACUGUCGCCAUGCUCAAGUCAUCUGAUAUCCCAUGGGAAAACACCAACUCCACAAUCUGGGACCAAGUUAUGAUGAAUUUGAGUAUCGUCACCACUGCUAUCCCAUCACUCGGGCGUCUCGUCAUCGAACUCCAGCCCAGCGUCCACGCAUUCACCAUUCACGAGGAUCCCGUCGAUGGCCGGUCGGCAAGCGACAAACGCAAUCUCUCAUCUAUGAGAAAAUCUCUCAAUCGAGAUUUUCCAGUGGAAUCUUUCGUUCCUAGCAUGUCCGUACAAGUGACUAGCGGACGGCGAGAGUCAUUCAAGGACGAUACUGAAAGUACGGAGGGAUUAGUGAACCAGCCGAAUGUGAUACAGCAGACAAUACACUUUGAGGUUCACUAA